AUGAAACGUUCUGCACCGACAAACGCACCUGCCCCCGCGCCCAAAAGGACGAGGAAGAUGCUGACCAUCGCAGAGAAAGUUGUACUUCUGGACAAAUUGAAGGAAGGUAGAAGUUACGCGGCUGUAGGGCGCCUUUACGGAAUCAAUGAAUCUUCGGUUCGUUACAUAAAGAAAGAGGAAAAUAACAUAAGGAGGACGGCAGCAAUAACGUUUAACAAGGACGCAAAAAGGCUCGCAACUGCCCGCAACAAGACCAUCGUGCGGAUGGAGUCAGCUUUGGCUUUGUGGAUCAGUUACUGCAGGAAAAACAACAUCACGCUGGAUUCAAACGUCAUCCGCACGAAAGCUAAAGUUCUUUAUGAAACCUUUGCUGACAGCGCAGAGCAGGAUGACGCAGAGCCCAGGCCAAAGACAAGCACUUUAAACGCAGCACAGAACCCAUUUCACGCCAGUGUUUCUCUGCACGGAAAGGCCGCUGAAGCAGAGGCAUAUGUGAACAACAAGUUUAAAGCGAUCAUCGAGGAAGGCGGAUAUAAGCCUGAGCAAGUUUUUAAUAUGGAUGAGACAGGAUUAUUUUGGAAACGAAUGCCCUCUCGCACCUUUAUAAUGCAGGACGGAGCGCAAGACCCAGGAUUUAAGGCUCAAAAGGAUCGUGUGACUCUGGUUAUGUGUGGAAAUGCUGCAGGAUUUAUGAUAAAACCAGGGCUUAUUUAUAGGUCCAAAAAUCCUAGAGCCCUAAAAAACAAAAAUAAGAAUGCGCUGCCCGUUUACUGGAUGCACGACACGAAGGCCUGGAUGACAAGAGUGCUCAGUCUGGAUUGGUUCAAACAGUGUUUCAUCCCUGAGGUCAAGCGUUAUUUGAGAAGAAAAGGACUAGACUUUAAAGUGCUUCUGCUCCUACACAACGCCCGAGGCCACGCUGAGGAUUUGUCAUACGAUGGUGUGCAAAUCGAACUUCUGCCGCCAAACACCACAUCUCUGAUUCAGCCUCUGGACCAGGGCUUCAUCCGCUUGUUCAAGGCCGUCUACACGCGCAACACCCUGCAGCAUCUUGUAGACGCUUUGGGCUCGGAUCAAGACUUCUCACUAAAGGUCUACUGGAGUGAAUACACCAUUGCAUCAUGUCUCCAAAAUAUUCAGAAGGCCAUUCAGGAGAUAAAAACUGAAACUUUAAAUGUCUGCUGGAAAAAACUGUGGCCAGAGGCAGUGCACAACCCUCCCGGAUCUUCUCUUGAUGAGAUUUAUCAGUCUGCGGUAGAUACGGCUGUGAAUCUGGCCAAACAGCUCGGGGGAGAUGGCUUUGAUGACAUGACUCCUGAUGACAUGAAUGCUCUGAUUGAUGCCCACUCACAGUCGCUGACUGAUGAAGACCUGGCAGAGAUGACAAUGCCACCAAGUGAGGAUGAGGGAGAAGAAGAAGAACAGGGCACAAGUAUUAAAGUGGAGGAGGAUGGACUAACACUUGAUAGUUUGACAACUCUGGUGAGAAUGGCCAAUGAACUUGAGCGAGCUGCACAAGAAUGGGACCCUCUGAUGUGUCGCUCAUUAGAGUUCACAAAUAUAAUCGAAGGUGCCAUGUCUGUUUAUAAGAAUCUUCUCGCCGAGAAGAAAAAAACGUGCCAACCCAGAACUGUCUUCAUUGGGAAAGAGUCACCUGUAUUAGUGGAAAUUGAUAGUAGAGCGGAGUGGACGAAGGAAGAAGAGGCACAGUCAGAGGAAGAGUAA